AUGAAGCCCAGCGCAGAGUGCUGUUCUCCCAAGUUCUGGUUGGUGUUGGCCGUCCUGGCCGUAUCCGGCAGCAAAGCCCGUUCCCAAAAGAGCCCCCCCAGCAUCGGCAUCGCUGUUAUCCUCGUGGGCACUUCAGACGAAGUGGCCAUAAAAGACGCCCACGAGAAAGAUGACUUCCAUCAUCUCUCAGUAGUUCCCCGGGUGGAGCUGGUAGCCAUGAACGAAACUGACCCAAAGAGCAUCAUCACCCGUAUCUGCGAUCUUAUGUCCGACCGGAAGAUCCAGGGGGUGGUGUUCGCUGAUGACACCGACCAGGAAGCCAUCGCCCAGAUCCUCGAUUUCAUUUCUGCUCAGACGCUCACCCCUAUCCUGGGCAUCCAUGGGGGCUCAUCCAUGAUAAUGGCAGAUAAGGACGAGUCCUCCAUGUUCUUCCAGUUUGGCCCGUCCAUUGAACAGCAAGCUUCGGUCAUGCUCAACAUCAUGGAAGAAUACGACUGGUACAUCUUCUCCAUUGUCACCACCUACUUCCCCGGCUACCAGGACUUUGUGAACAAGAUCCGCAGCACCAUCGAGAACAGCUUUGUGGGCUGGGAACUGGAGGAAGUCCUCCUGUUAGACAUGUCUCUGGACGACGGCGACUCGAAGAUCCAGAACCAGCUGAAGAAGUUGCAAAGCCCCAUCAUCCUCCUCUACUGCACGAAGGAAGAAGCCACCUACAUAUUUGAAGUAGCUAACUCGGUUGGGCUGACCGGCUACGGUUACACAUGGAUUGUGCCUAGUCUGGUGGCUGGGGAUACAGACACUGUGCCCGCCGAGUUUCCCACGGGGCUUAUCUCUGUGUCCUAUGACGAAUGGGACUAUGGCCUUCCUGCUAGGGUGAGAGAUGGGAUUGCCAUCAUCACCACCGCUGCUUCCGACAUGCUGUCCGAGCACAGUUUCAUCCCUGAGCCCAAGAGUAGCUGUUACAACACCCACGAGAAGAGGAUUUACCAGUCUAACAUGCUGAAUAGGUAUCUGAUCAAUGUCACUUUCGAGGGGAGAAACCUGUCCUUCAGUGAAGAUGGCUAUCAGAUGCACCCGAAGCUGGUCAUAAUCCUUCUGAACAAGGAGAGGAAGUGGGAGAGGGUGGGGAAAUGGAAAGACAAGUCCCUGCAGAUGAAAUAUUACGUGUGGCCUCGAAUGUGCCCUGAAACCGAAGAGCAGGAGGAUGACCAUCUGAGCAUUGUGACCUUGGAGGAGGCGCCGUUUGUCAUUGUGGAAAGUGUGGACCCUCUCAGUGGAACCUGCAUGAGGAACACAGUCCCUUGCCAGAAGCGCAUCAUCUCUGAGAAUAAAACAGAUGAAGAGCCAGGCUACAUCAAAAAAUGCUGCAAGGGCUUCUGUAUUGACAUCCUGAAGAAAAUUUCUAAGUCUGUGAAGUUCACCUAUGACCUUUACCUGGUGACCAAUGGCAAGCAUGGGAAGAAGAUUAACGGGACCUGGAAUGGCAUGAUUGGUGAGGUGGUCAUGAAGAGGGCCUACAUGGCAGUGGGGUCACUAACUAUCAAUGAAGAGCGAUCAGAGGUGGUCGACUUCUCUGUGCCCUUCAUAGAGACCGGCAUCAGUGUCAUGGUAUCACGCAGCAAUGGGACCGUGUCACCUUCUGCCUUCUUAGAGCCGUUCAGCGCUGACGUGUGGGUGAUGAUGUUUGUGAUGCUGCUCAUUGUCUCUGCCGUGGCUGUCUUUGUCUUCGAGUACUUCAGCCCUGUGGGUUACAACAGGUGCCUAGCUGAUGGCAGAGAGCCAGGCGGCCCAUCUUUCACCAUUGGCAAAGCAAUUUGGUUACUCUGGGGUCUGGUGUUCAACAACUCCGUCCCUGUGCAGAACCCAAAGGGGACCACCUCCAAGAUCAUGGUGUCAGUGUGGGCCUUCUUUGCUGUCAUUUUCCUGGCCAGCUACACUGCCAACUUAGCAGCCUUCAUGAUCCAAGAGGAGUAUGUGGACCAGGUUUCUGGCCUGAGCGACAAGAAGUCGGGUGGCCGCUCAGCCUAG